AUCAAAUUUAAACAUCAAAAUGAUCAGUAAAAAUCUUAUUUUCUUAUUACCGAUACUCGUCCUAUUAUUAAAUCAAGUCUACGUUAAUGCCGUGGCGCAAGAUUAUGUUCCUAGAAAUAUUGAUAUAGAGCGUUCGCCUAAAAAUAUUUUGGUCGGUUCUUACGUUGGAGGAAGAAGCCAUCUUAAACCAAUGUUAGAUGUCGCUACUAUAUUGAUUGAAAGAGGUCACAACGUAAAUAUUCAAGAAGACGUCGAUUAUAGAUCAUUGGCCCGUGUUAUGGAAUUAACUACAGCUGCCUACAACGUAAAUUAUGAAAAAUUUAAGAAUGCUGCUAAAGAAAAUAAUAUUGAUUUAUUCAUUUGUGACGCUUUUGUAAACCAACCUUGCAUAGAUGUUGCCAAUAAUCUAAAUAAACCUGUUGUUGGUUUUACUUCAUUCAUGCAAUUGAUGGAGCCUAAACCAUAUAAAUCUGAUCCAGUGUUCGGCUGUAAUAUCUCAUUAGAAAAUGAACCAUUUUUUGAGAGGUUUAGGUGUGCUUUAGUACAACCUUUACAAAUAGCUUAUGCUUAUAGGCCUUUUACGCGUCAAUUAAAUGACAUAAGAGACCAAAUGAAUAUAAAAUCGGUAUCGGGAAAAGAGUUACCACAAUCUUUGGCACCAAAUGUUCAGGAAAUUGGACCAGUAUUAUCAGAAGAAUAUCCCCCACUUACGCCUGAACUCUCGGAUUUUAUAGAUGGACACAAACGAGUUUUAUACGUAGCUUUUGGUACACGUUUCUGCGCAACUAUCGAGAAUAACAACCAAAUUUUACAAUCACUUGUUGAAGUAAUCAACAAUAAAAUUGUUGAUGGUGUAGUUUGGGCACUAUCUGAGACAUCAAAAGAUGAUUUCAGUCCAUCAUUAAACUUUACUGAUGGUACACAAGUUCAAACUUUAUCAAUCUUAAAUAAUAUACAUCCGCAUAUUCAUGUUACAAAAUUUGCACCACAAUUCGCUGUACUUAAUCACACCAAUACGAAAUUAUUUUUUAGCCAUGGAGGCGCAGGAAGUGCUCAUGAAUCCCUUUAUACUGGUACUCCCAUGUUAAUAUUGCCUUUUGGUGGUGAUCAGAUGGGUAACGCUCAAAGAUUAGAAUCAGCCGGUAUAGCAUUAUCAGUUGAUAAAAAUGCUUUGGAUGUCAAUGAUGAUAUUUUGAAUAAAAUCGAUUUCUUAUUAAAAGAUGAGCAUAUAAAGAAGAAUUCAAAGAGAAUGAAAUAUCUAGCCAGAAUUAAUAGUAAUAGAAAAUACAGAGCAGCCGAUUUAAUUGAAUAUAUGUUAUAUAGUAGUGGUUUAGAUGAAUAUUUAGAUGAUGGCUUUUUAAAAGAAUGGAUUCCUGCUGAGUCUAGAAUGGGAUUUAUCAAAGCAAAUAAUCUUGACGUUUAUGGAGUUUUAUCAAUUAUCAUUCUUGCACUUAUUGGAAUUGCAUUCAAAUUGAUUAAAUAUACUUUAAAUCCUUUAUCUGAUAGAAAAAAAUCAAAGCAAGCAUAGUUUAUUUCACUUUAAAUAUAAAAAUAUACACACGAUACAUUUUUUUUUUUAGUUUAUAGAUUAUUUUU